AGCUGCCUUAUUCUCUUUCCCUUCCAACCUCCCUCCCACCGCCCCAAUUUGGCUGCAGGAGCAGCUUGGAAUCCCAGCUGGGGAGCAGCUGUGGGCUUGCACUGGCCCUUUAAAGGCGGAGGUGCACUGUCUCUUUAAGUCAGGUCUCUGUGGGUUGUGUUUAGUGAAGGAAGUGACGGGGUGGAUUGAAUGAAAAGAGAAAAACAGAAUCAAAGAGUCCCAAGUAAGGGACAGAGGGAGCUGGGGCAGGGCUGCUGGGGGAAAGGGAAAAGACAGGCUGGACAUGGUGGGGUAGCAGGGCAGGAGGAGGAAAGGUGGUUGCCAAGGAUCAGGGCACCAGUCCCCGGCACCUCCGGCGGGCACCAGCCACUCCACCGGUGCACUGGGAGGUGUAAAGUGCAGGCAGCAGCCCAUGUGCUGUCCAGAGUCCAGGGCGAGAGGAGGAGAGGGGUAAGAGGAGAGGGCUCCGGGGGGUGGGGAGGAGGAGGAGAGGGCAGAGGGUGCUGCGAGGGGAGCUCCCAGCCCCGGGGGCUCUCUGCUCUGCCAAACUUUCAGCCAAAGUUUGGAAACUUCUUGGGGAGGGUUGUCUCGGGAGCCUCCUGUGGGGGGCAGCGGGGUGCCUGGCUGGGGGAGCUCAGGCAGCUAGAGGGGGUGUCGGUGGGCGGAGUCUAGGGGUAGCAGAGGGGCGAAGCGGGGGACUGGGGCAGGGGGUGCGCAGCCUUCGCCCUCUCUGGCUCCUGCUGCCGGGGAUGCGCUCUCAGGGCUGCGGGCUCCCUGCGCUCCUGCUGCUGCUGCGGCUGCUCCCGCUGGCGCCGGGGCCGCUGCCCGGCCGGGCUGGCCCCGGGGCGCUGUCCGAGCUGCGGGUCCGGGUGCGGCUGCCCGAUGGGCAGGUGACGGAGGAGAGCCUGCAGGCGGACAGCGGCGCCGACUGCAUCAGCCUGGAGCUGCGCAAAGGGGAUGGGACCCUCAUCACCCUCACCGCCGACUUCCGACAGGAGGUGAAGAUUUUCCGUGCUCUGAUCCUGGGGGAGCUGGAGAGGGGCCAAAGCCAGUUCCAGGCACUCUGCUUUGUCACACGGCUCCACCGCAACGAGAUCAUCCCCAGCGAGUCCAUGGCAAAGCUGCGGCAGAAAAACCCCAAGACGGUGCGGCAGGCGGAGGAGGUGCGUGGGCUGGAACAUCUCAACAUGGACGUAGCAGUCAACUUCAGCAAAGGGGCCCAGCUGAGCCCCCACAUUCACAAUGUCUGCACGGAGGCCAAAGAGGCUAUUUACACCCGAGAAGAAGACGUUAAAUUCUGGCUGGAGAAAGGGGUGGAUGGCUCCAUGUUCGAGGUCUUGCCCCAGUCGGCCGACCUGCCCGACCUGCAGCGCUGCAAGCUGUGCUUGGACCGCUGGAAGCCCUGCAUCUGCAGCUACUCGCUGAGCAUCGAGUGGUACCCGUGCAUGCUCAAAUACUGCAAGAGCCGCGAUGCCAGUGGCAAGGUCUCCUCCUACAAGUGCGGCAUCCGCAGCUGCCAGAAGGGCUACAGCUUUGACUAUUACGUGCCGCAGAAGCAGCUGUGCCUAUGGGACGAGGAGACCUAGCGGGCCCCGGCCAGGCCUUUCCACGUGGCAUCUCUUCUGCCUCCCGCUGUGACGCUCUGGGUGGAGCUGGCUGCCUGGAGGGGGAGUUGGGCCAUGGAGGUGCCUUGUGCCAUGAAGGAUUUGUGUAUGCCUCUUUCCUUCCCACUCCCCUGGGCCCCCUAAUGCUGCCUCACACUGUGAAAACUGGCUCACCUUGCCAUGUAGUAAGAGUGCCCUGCCCAGCUCCUAUGGGCAUCACUCACCUAUGGCAAUAUGGGCCCAGAAGGAGGCGGGGGGAGGAGCUUUCAUGGGGGGGAAGAGGUUCCUUUUGAUCUAGCAAGUUUGCCCAGCUCUGGGGAGGAGACGGACUAGCUGGGGUGUCGGUGCCAGGACGGAGCCUCUUCAAGCGGGGAGCCAUUUUAACUGUAGCCUCUCAACCACCAAAAUGUGACCCUGGUGCUUUGUCUUAAAAACACACCAGCCACCGGAGGGGGUGGAGCUCCGACCCCUUCCCUGCCUCUUCGACCUUCCAGCGACACCAGAGCAGUAUUGGCCACCAAAGGGGGCCAGAUGGUUUGUGGGGUCACACCCAAGCAAGGGGUGGUCCGAGGCCCACAAAUCCGGAGCCCUGCUGUGGUCAGUCCGAGUGUCACAUUGGAUGUUGCCUGGGGGAGGGAAUCCUAUGUAGCAGGAGUUGCUGUAAACCCCACCUCAGCCCCUGAAAAUUGAAGGUCUCUAAGUCUCUGGUUUGGCUUGUUCUCAUGACCCCUCCCUGCCGGGGACUAGGCUCCUGCGUCCCACUCGCUUCCUAUUAAGAAAGACACGUCCACACAUUUCUGCCCACCCCUGCAAGACUGUGAUUGUGAUGGGGAGAGAAGAUCCCAGGCUGGGUUUGCCCCCUGACUUUGCGGGGGCGGGGUGCUGAUCUCUGGGGAUGGAGAGACUCUUGGAUUCUGUUCCCACCUCUGCUGCCGAAACCACUGUGUGAGCUUGGGGUGAGUCACGCCACGGCACUGCCUUUGUUCCCCUCGCUGUAAGAGUGGGGAGGAUGAUGAGACUGGCUCCUAUGUAACGUGUUUGAAGAUCUUCAGCUGAAAGGCGCUCCCCGAGUUAUUCUUACUGUAUUCUGCCCUCCCUAGGGCUGGAGCAUGAGGGGGAAAUAUUGAUAGGGUUCGCACGCACUCUAGAGCAGCUGCAAUUUUUAACCCUAACCCCUCCUGCUCCGCACCCUCCACCAUGUGCCUUUUUGCCUAAAAUCCAGGCGUUUCAGACCAAAAAAAAAAAAGCUAUUUUGAGGGGUUUUUUUCUUUUUAAUUUGCUCAUAGAACUAUUUUUAUAUCAAUCUCUUAAUGGGAACGGGGGGUUUUUUUUAAAAAAAUAUUGCCACAAGAAGUAAAACCAAAAAAAAGAAAGAAAAAAAAAAAAAGAGAGAAAGAAACUUGAAAAGAUUUUAAAAGCAAAUUAUUUAUCAUUUGUAAGAUAGAUAAAUGGAUUUUUUGAUGCGUCUCUAGCAUCAAAGUGUCUCCACAACCCACUCUCAGCCUCCUCCUGUUGUCUGGUUCCAUUGGAUUCAGGGCUGUUUCCUUAUGGUGAAACUCCAGUGGUAUCAGAGGUAGAAUUAGAGCCAAUUUCCAUCCGUACAGUCAGCAGUCCCUUCCAUGAUUGCUGAAUCCAGGCCAGGAUUCAGGGAGACCUGGUAUGAUGACACUAGGCAGCUGUCUGGGUGCUAGAGAGGAACCCCAGGGUCUGCCUGGGUCCAGCAGCCUCAAUAAAGAAUCCUUUAUAUUCAUUA